CAGCCGGGAAGGGAGCAUGGCCGGUUUCCAUCUCUUCUCCCCAAAGCCCUAUGGGGAGCUCAGGGAACCCUUGGCAGCUGGAGAGCAGGAGUUCGCGGACCAGCUGGGCUGGCAUGAGCUGUCUCGGAACUCCUGGGCCCAGACUCCCGGAGCUGAGAUCGAGACCGAGGUGCCCUGGGUGCACCCGAAGUGUUCGCCCACCGGGCGGUCCCGCCGGCGUGGGUAUAUUGCCUCGCCACGAGAAAGCCACAGCCUGACACAUGUGGCUCGCAGACCCUCGGACCGAGCCAGGAAGCACAGGUCUGGGAACCUUCGCCUGGAAGAAGCCUGCGGGAUGGGGGAGGCACCGACCAAGUCCAGCAGAACUUGGCAGCAGAAGCGGCAGCAGCAGCCACCGGAUCAGCCCAGCCCACGCCACCCUGCAGCCCCGGGAGUUUCGUCCCCGCAGUACCCGGGGGAAGCUUUCAGCCCCCCGAGUGCUGGGGCUUUGCUUGUAGAAAAGACACACAAUGGAGACCGGUGGGCAGUACCGGUGUGCAGACAUAUAGGUCCCGGGUCCCCUACCUUGGAUCUCACAGACAAGUCCUCUGUGCACUCCCUAGAGCUCUGGAAGCAAUCCACUUGUGGGUGCACCCAGAAUAGGAAAAACCGCGAUCGGACUAAGUAUUACCCGCCCUCUGCCUCCUGCAAAGAGAAGAGUAGCCAGCAUGCUCAGGUCCUCAAGAGCAAGUUGGACGAGGCGGUGAUAUCUUUCAGGGACCAGAAGAUCUUGGCCCUGGUGCUGAGCAGGCUCAAGAAGGCUCAGAGGAUGCGAGAGCUGCAGCAACAGGCUGCAGUCGCCUGGGAAGAGCUGAAGCGCUCAGACCAGAAAGUCCACCUGACCCUGGAGAGAGAGCGUAGGCUGUUGCUGCUGCAGAGCCAGGAGCAGUGGCAAGGACAGAGGGAACAGCACAAGCCUCGGAGGGGCCAUAGCCAUGAGCAGCCUCGCCAGGGCCACGAGCAGCAGGGACAGCGGCGGGACCGCCAGGCAAAGAGCGCGGUUCAGCCGGAGAACCAGAGUGGGUGGACGAUGCAACCUGACAAGCCAGAGAACCAAGGCGUAGACAAGAUGGAUAGGGUGCAAGCGCAGGCCGAGCAUCUCAAACACUGUCAAGCGCAGAGUCUGCGGGAGCAGGAGAGGGUGCUGCAGAGUGUGAGGGACCUGAACAGGCUGCAGAUGCAGAAGAGGCUGGAGACAGCAGGUCACAAGAGGGAACAGCAUGCGAUGGAGAGCCCGAAGAAGGUCCAGGGGAGCAACCUGAGUACGGUUGUUAACUUCCAGGCCCGCAAGGUUCUCAUGGACUGCCAGGCCAAGGCGGAGGAGCUCCUCAGGAAGCUGUCUCUGGAGCAGAGUUUCCAGAGCUCUCAGAACACGCAAGAGGGUCUGGUUAAGGAGCGGCACAGAGGGCAGCAGGGGAAGGCCCAGACUGAGGCAGAGCAGUUCCAGAGAGUGAAAUGGCGAGAGGAGGAGGCGGAGGAGUUGCUCCAAGAGAGCAAGCGGGUGCUGGCAGAGCUGGCUGAAGAGAAGAUGGGGCAGGCCAGGAGUCAUGCGCACAAGACCUCCAAGGACAGGGCGCAGCACCUGCAGGAGCUGAACAUCCUGCGGGAGAGGAACCGUCAUAUCUUGAAGCUGAAAGCGGAGAAGGAGGAGAAGUGUCACAUUGAGGGCAUAAAGGAAGCCAUCAAGAAGAAGGAACAAAAGUUAGAGCGGAUGACCCUAGGGAAAGAUCCCAUCUUCCAGGAGUACCAGAAGGUUCCCCUAGCCUCCAAGAUAAACCGCUGCUAUGACAAGGGGGCAGCAGAGACCCAGCUGCCCCUGCACCAGCAGGGUGGAGUCUACUGAGAACCCAGGAGGAAGAAGGCACAGCCCAGCAGCCAGAGACAUCGUCAUGCAAUUCCGUAAAAAUCCGAUUUUAAUCGAGCAUUGAUUUUUAAAAAAGUAUAUACAGUAGCUGCAUUUUCCUCCCA